CUCAAUUGUCAUUUCCCAGUGGCCCUGGCCCCCUGGCCAGUUCCCAAGACCCAAAUUCCUACUUGGUGUAUUAUUUCUAUUCAUUCAAGAGGUAUUUUUAACAAAUAAGAAUCGAUAUUUUCUUGUUUAGAUGAAGUCUAUGUGAAAGUAAAAUAGUGAGAUAAAUUGUAAAGUAGGAUCAGACAACACCAGGAUGUCAGAGGAAGAAAAGUGGUCAACGGAGGAAAAGAAUAUCGAUCUUCAUGUAUCUCCGAGCUGUUCAAGCUUCGAAGUAUUAGAUCCACAUGAUCCAGUCAUAAGCCGAUUAGCAACACAACUUUUCAAGCGGACCAAUGACUACUUGCAGGGGGAAAUGUCAGCUGGACAGGAUCACUACGUACUACUUGAAGAGAUCAAUAGAUUGGCUAUAACUAAAUAUGCUGAUCUCAAAAAUCUUACUGUCAAUUUAACAAAGACUUUGAAUGAAUACAAUGAAAUGUAUGAAACAGUCCUUAAACCUCUAUUAUCGCAAAUUGACGAUAUUGAUGCUCAAGUGAGUCAGUUUGAGGCAAGCGCGUAUAGCUUGGACAGCUACACAAAGCAACUGAAAGCGAGAUUCAAGGAACUAGAAGAAAAAUAGUUAAUAUUUCACAUUAAUUAAGAUUAUAACUGUGUAAUGACCAGUUUACAUGGCUUUAGCAACUAAGUGCUUGUCACUAAAACUAAGAAUCAAUGUGUAAACUGAGAGAUAAGUGCUUAGUUAGUUAGUUAUAUUGGUGAAUAGUACUGUUCACUAAUACCUUGUACAAUCUCCUAUGUGAAAACAGUUAAGUACUUCUCAUUGGUCAAUAUUGGGGCUUAGUUGUGUGACAAGCACUAAGUACUACUCCUGUGUAAACUGCCCAUAAUUGAUAAAGAAUCAUACAAAAUAUGUCAUUUUGUGACAGUGUUUAUUACUAUUAUAAUUGACAUUACACAAUCUUAUGACAAAAUUAAAAUGGCUGAAGAUAA